AUGGCGGACACCACGACCGAGAAGGCGGCGCCGACCGAGCAAGUUCACUCUCCCACUCAGUCCAUGGGCGAGCAUGAAGUCGAAAUCCCAAAUGGGUGGAUGUAUCGUGGCCGCAAGAUCGGCGGGUUGAGGUUGCCAUGGUAUGCCAGUCCAGAGUCGCAACUUGUGCUGGUGGCCUUUGUGUGUUUCUUGUGUCCUGGCAUGUUUAACGCACUUGGUGGACUCGGUGGUGGAGGACAACUCAAUGCCCACGCUGCUGAUGGGUCGAAUACCGCACUCAACGCGACCUUCGCCAUCGUCGCCUUCUUUGCUGGCACUAUCACAAACAAGCUCGGCAUCAGGCUCUCGCUUUCCUUCGGAGGCAUCGGCUAUUGCAUCUAUGUCGCCAGCUACUUGAGCUACAACCACACUCAGAAUUAUGGCUUCAUGAUCUUCGCAGGCGUUCUCCUUGGCGCAUGUGCUGGCAUUCUAUGGGCUGCUCAAGGCGCCAUCAUGAUGUCCUAUCCACCCGAGGCCGACAAAGGCAAAUAUAUCAUGGUCUUUUGGGGUAUCUUUAACCUUGGUGGUGUGAUCGGCAGCUUGGUGCCUCUGGGCGAAAAUAUUCAUGUUGCUUCAAACAGCACAGUCACCGACGGCACCUACGUUGGCUUCCUCGUCCUCACCUUCCUUGGAGCUUGCCUGGCGUGGAGCUUGUGUGAUGCUAAGAAAGUUGUGAGAUCUGAUGGGUCGAGGGUGAUCUUGAUGCAGCACCCCUCCUGGAAGUCGGAGUUCCUAGGCCUGUGGGAAACAUUACGCUCGGAUCCUUGGAUUGUGCUUCUGUGGCCCAUGUUCUUCGCGAGCAAUUGGUUUUACACUUACCACUUCAGCGAUGUCAACCUUGCACAAUUUAACACGAGGACACGCGCUCUGAACAACACUUUAUACUGGUCGUCACAGAUCUUUGGCGCUGCCACUUUCGGCCUUGCUUUGGACUCGAAGAGAUUCGGCCGGCCAAUGCGUGCAAAGAUUGCUUGGGUGGCUCUCUUCGUCAUCACCAUGGCAAUCUGGGGUGGUGGAUAUGCCUUUCAAAAGGGUUACACCCGUGAGAUGGUCGCCGCCAAGACCUAUGUCAAGAUGGACUGGACUACGAAGGGAUACGUGGGACCGAUGUUUCUCUAUAUGUUUUAUGGAUUUUACGACGCUGCAUGGCAGACUUGCAUCUACUGGUUCAUGGGCGCAAUGACGAACAACAGCCGCAAGCUGGCAAAUUAUGCCGGCUUCUACAAAGGCAUCCAGAGCGCUGGUGCUGCUAUCAUCUGGAGGCUUGAUGGCAUCCCAAACGCGCCGUCGUACAUGGCACUCUUCGGAUCCUGCUGGGGUCUGCUUGCUGGUGGUCUGCUAAUUGCAGCACCUGUCAUGCUGCUGAGGAUCACGGAGACCGUUCCCGUUGAAGAGGAUGUCAAAUUUUCCGACGAGACCGUUGAGGACGUCUUAGGCCACAAGGGUCACGUCUUCCCCGAGAUCGAGAAGGUCUAA